UGGGCGCAGAUGGGUGAGCGUGUUCUCCCGAUGGACACAGACAAUGACGGUGACGGCCCGGCGCCGUCCGCCAGAGGUGAGCGGCGAAUGGAUGGACAGCACAUGCAGUGUGACCACACCAUUGACUGAUGGACGUGGCGACCCGUUUGUGUGUCGUUCAUUGCCUGACGGGAAUGUGACACACAACACAGGUGGGAGUGGCGGUGGUAGCGGUGGUGACCUUCUGCAGAAGAUCCGCGAGUUGCGCUCGGUGAGGUGGGGAGGGAGAAGGGGAGGGCUCCACACUGACAUUGCUGCGCUGCUUCUGGCUUUCAGGAUGCCUCUAAGUUUCUGUCUGGCGUUGAUCUGGCCGAGCAGAUGAUAGCGACACACACCGACAACAAACAGGUCGUCACAGACACCGCACGGCCGAGCUGCUGCACUCACUGGUCAGCCCGUCUUUCUGCCUUUGUUGCAGGAUGGUGAGAUGGUGGACGGCCGCCUGUCGACCGUUCUGGAGACUCUCAGCGAUACCCACUCGGCCCUCGGCAGGCAGCUGGCGCAGAUCACCACUGACUGCAACACACAUGUGAGAAUGGAUGGAAUGACCAGUGACUGAGUGGCACACACAGGCCGGUCGCUCCCUUUAUUGUGUGUGUCCGUCUCAGCGCAUGGCUGCUGACAGCGAAGCUCAUCAGUGGGGGGCGUGCGGUGCUGGGGGACCGAACGAGACCGACAGCAAUGCACAGCAGGGCAGAGCGGUACGCACAAAUCCACACCCACACCCACAGCAGCUCAUGUAUGUGGGUCAUUUGCUGGUCAGGUGCCUGCUGAAGACGGCGGCGCCAAGAAGGGUAGACGCGUAGACCUCAGCCCUGCUGCUGCUACUGGUGGGCACAGCGGAGGUACGGAAAGCAUCGGCUGCCGUUGGUGGAUUGCAUAUCGUCAUGACCCUCCUGUGCUGUGUGAUGCCUUCAGGUGGCUCGAUUGGUGCGGGUGGUGCUGCGGCAGGGGCACAGCAGCAACAGGGGGGCGGCAGCUCACUAUCGGCAGCCCCCAUGCAGCACACCCAGCAGCAGCAGCAGCACCCCCUGUGGUACGUCUGCGCCCACCGCGGCAGCGAUUUUCCGCUGCGGGAUGUGCUGCAUCUGAGGAAGACCUGCAAAUGGGCCAGAGGCCUCUUCGGAGCGCCUCAGCUGCAGCAUCUGCUCACCCAAUGGACAACAGACGAUGAGCUCAGCACACAGGCGGGGCUGCGGCGGACGUGCAACGGACAGCAGCUGCUGACCUUCGACAACCAGCAGAUGGGUGUGGGUGACCUGCUGGCGGCGCUGUGUGUGACGGAGGCGGGCGGCUGGAGUGAGAUGAGCGAGGCGGUCGAGCUGGCGGGGCAGUGCGGCAACUGCCAGCUGCUUGUGAGGCUCACUGCCGCCGAUCUGCACCAAUACCCAAACAAGACGGUAAGCCAACCGAGGGAGGGAGGGAGGGAGGGACAAUAGAUGGCUCUCAAUGGGUGUGUGGUGUGUUGAUGUGCUGUGUGUGCAGGCGUAUUUGGCCGCUCCCCGUGUGUUGGCUCAGCUCAAGAUGGUCGGCCCCCACAUCCACUUCGGCGACGGCGUGACCUUCCAGCUGUUCCACCACGGCGGCACACUGCGGGCCAUCAAGGACGAGGACGGCUUCGAGAUCGACAUCGACCCGCCCCUUCAUCCCAACCACCCCUACCAGCAGCACCGACAGCCGCAUAACCCGCCCGUCCGCAGCAACAUCGACUAUUCUUUGUCCACGGGCUCGAUGCCGGACUCUUGGGACUCGUCGUCCGUGUCGUCGAUGGUCAAGAGCAUCGUCCUCCGGCACUUCGACGAGACUCACCAGACCAACAGCAAUGGCGGUCUCGCUGUCAGGUCAGGCGGGGCAUCACGCUGUGUGGGCACUGCUACGACACACGAGUGUAUCUGUGUUUCCUUAUCGGUCAGCUGGCGUGUCAACAACGCCCGGCUGGGCACCCUGCUGACACAGUCCCCCCACAGACCAGUAGAGGGAUGCACCACAACCACAUCAUACAUGUACCUCAUUGACGGCGUACCUUGUCGUCGUCUCGUGCUGACCGACGCGAGCCACCCCUUCAUGGCGUGGAUCUACAUCAACACCGGUCAGCAAGGGGGAGGAGGGUGGCAAAGCCAGGGAGGCACAUACUCUCAUGUGCUGUGCUCUCCUGUCACUUGGCUGCAGUGUAUGUUGAGGUCCAGACGACCGAGUCGGCUGUGUCUGGUAUGGGUGGUGCCUUUAAGGACCGCUUCCCGGUGACUUAUCAGCUAGCGCGUGCGGUGCUGGGGGCCGUCAUCUCAGCUGUGGUCUUCGGCCAAUAGACAGCUGAGG